UACCUUCGAAGUUGCUGUAUCUCAACAAUGUCCUCCGCAAACUUAAAAGAGUUGGAAAUGGAGCUCGGGGACUUGCUCCAGGAAUUUGAGACCGUGGUUGAAGAGAUGACCGAACCGUCACAGAGUGCCCCAUACGUUUACGAGCAUCUCCUCAACGACGCCAAGAGACGCACGGGAAUGGGAGAUGGAGUGAGUGACAGUGGUAUCGAGGACUCGGAUUACGGCAGUGAACGAUCCAUGGGAAACAGCUUGAACACCAGCGAAGAAGAGCUCCGAACUGCAGGCAUGACAGCGGCAUCGAAAGCCAAGCUGGGGGACACAGAUGAUCUGCAGAGCUUCAUCGAUAACCUGGACAGAGAACUUGCUGAGAUGUGAGCAGGUCAGACAAGUGUGACGGAUGAGAUGGGUUCAAAGCCACCUGCGUUCCCCCUGUCCUCUCCCACCACACACCCUGCCCAGAGACAGUCUAUCCCUCACCUGGACAAAGAGGAAAGUUCCAGAACAACAGGCUCACUUUUGGACCUUUAGGCCAGACGACAACGUCUAUCAACCUCUGCUAAAGAACUAUGACGUCCUCCCAAACUUAGACAAGCUGCCUUAAAUACAGAUAUUCUCCUCUGAUGCCAAGUUAUAUGGUGAAAUCAUACCCACUGGUAAUUGCUAGGACCAUUAGGAACAGUGCCAGUGCAUGGACUCUCAAAUGAUGGUGUUUUAAUAGGGAUACAAAAAAGUCCUCUCAGCUGGAGAUGAGUUUCACCACACUGAUAUGUAAUCCUCUCUCCCC